GAUGGAUUUCUCGACUGCACGCGACCAGCAUUCACAUCGCCAUUGCACAUACAAUGAGCCAGCGCGCAUUCUCGCUGCCGUUACGGACAAUUGUUACAAAAGCUGUGAAACCUCAAUGGAUCUGUCGACGAUGUCUUGCAACACAGCAGUCCAGCUCGAUUCCUAGCGAAAAGUACUCCAAAGGGCGAACGUCAGAGCUAUUAUCGACACAGCUCCCACAAAAGCACUUACCGCCGCAAGUCUUAGCACACGUCAAUGCUGAAUCAUUACCGAUCAACGAGCAGGAGCAAUGGGAGAGAGUGGAGCCGCACAAGAAGAUUGUUGGAGUGGUAGUGAGCCAUGGCAAGAUGGAGAAAACUGUGAGAGUGAGAGUGGCAGCUCAAAGAUGGAAUGAGCGGAUAAAGAAGCACUACCGCCAUGACAUAAACCAUCUCGUCCACGAUCCCAAUGAUUCAUUGACGACCGGCGAUGUGGUGGAACUCCAUCGCCUCAAAGUCAGCAAGCAGGUCGAGCACGUCGUUGCGAGGAUAAUUUCACCAUUUGGCAAACCAGUAGAAGAGCGACCUCCAGUGCCGACUCCUGAGGAACGUUUAGCAGAGUACAAGGCGAAACGGAUGGUCAAAUUAAGAAGACGAGAACUGCGCAUACGAGCUGGCGAGGGCGAUGCGGAAGCCAUACAGAAAUUGAAGGAGAUGGGUCACGACCCGGGCGCUGGUGCGAAGCCUGGCGUAGGCAGGCAAGAUAACUUACAACAAAAUGUGGGCAAGUCGCGGACACCAAGCAGUGGGGCGAUACUUGGCAGCCAGGGUCAGAAACUACCCGAAGGUGUGUUGCCGGGUGGGAAGGAAAAAGUUGGCAAAACAAAUGAGCGAGCUCAGCGCAACAAGGGCAAGGCUGUGAAGUCGGACGCAAAAUUCCAGGAGCGGAGACGAGAAGCACAGGAGAAGGACCAGUAGCUGGCAAAAGAAAGUCUUGGAUCAGCCUCCGUUUUGGGAUGAGCAUAUGGCAGCCUGCACGAGGGGCGGUCCUGUACAAAUAUAUGAAUGUUAACAUACGGCAUCCAGCAUUGGUCUAUGCUGGGAUUACGGACUGGUCUGUCACAAGGUCGAGGCGACCUGGAUUCUGAGCUAGUCUUUUCCGAAGAGAACUCAAAUCAGACACCAGUUGCCCUUCUC